AUGCACUUUGAGAACAUCAACACUUAUUGGUCUCCCUCCCGUCCUUCUCCUCGUGUCACACGAGACCACCGUCACACGAGACCACCGUCACACGAGACCACCGUCACACUAGACCACCGUCACACUAGACCACCGUCACACGAGACCACCAUCACACGAGACCACCAACCAGUUCCUUCCCAGUUCAACCCUCCACCAGCUAAAAAGAAGAAAGUGGUCGCGUAUCUCCUCAUCACUGGUCAGACGUUCCAGGCUCACCAGCAGAUCCUGGACCACCUGAACAAAGGCCCGUUGAGCAUCUCUGUCACUGAGGACGUGCAGCAGUGUGACGUCAUCCUGCUCUUCUGUCCGAUCCUGUCGCGGGUCCGCUCUGAUGUAGAGUCUGCUUUCAGGAAGAUUCCAGAUGGAGCUGAAGAUAAACCAGUGGUUCUAGUUCUGUUGCAUCACACCCGCAAACCAGACCAGGUGCUGAAGCAGACUCAGUGGAUGGAUGAGUUCCCCAUGGUCAUCCAGGAGGCGAAAUAA